AUGGCGGUGCCCGUCAAGGAGCUGCAGCUGCGGGCCGAGCCGACGGACCUGCCUCGCCUGAUUGUGUACUUCCAGACGACGCACGACAGCAGCAACCGGCCCAUCUCGAUGCUGCCGCUCAUCACGGAGAAGGGCAUCGCGCUGACGCACCUCAUUGUGUGCUCGUUCCACAUCAACCAAGGCGGCGUGGUGCACCUCAACGACUUCCCGCCGGACGACCCGCACUUCUACACGCUGUGGAACGAGACUAUCACGAUGAAGCAGGCGGGCGUCAAGGUCAUGGGCAUGGUGGGCGGCGCGGCGCCGGGGUCCUUUAACACGCAGACGCUCGACUCGCCGGACUCGGCCACGUUUGAGCACUACUACGGGCAGCUGAGGGACGCCAUUGUCAACUUCCAGCUCGAGGGCAUGGACCUGGACGUCGAGCAGCCGAUGAGCCAGCAGGGCAUCGACCGGCUGAUUGCGCGGCUGCGGGCGGAUUUCGGGCCCGACUUCCUCAUCACGCUGGCGCCCGUCGCGUCGGCGCUCGAGGAUAGCAGCAACCUGUCCGGCUUCAGCUACACGGCGCUGCAGCAGACGCAGGGCAACGACAUUGACUGGUACAACACGCAGUUCUACAGCGGCUUCGGCAGCAUGGCGGACACGAGCGACUACGACCGCAUCGUGGCCAACGGGUUCGCGCCCGCCAAGGUGGUGGCCGGCCAGCUGACGACGCCCGAGGGCGCGGGCUGGAUCCCGACGAGCAGCCUCAACAACACCAUUGUCUCGCUCGUGAGCGAGUACGGCCAGAUUGGCGGCGUCAUGGGCUGGGAGUACUUCAACAGCCUGCCCGGCGGCACCGCGGAGCCGUGGGAGUGGGCGCAGAUUGUGACGGAGAUUCUGAGGCCGGGCUUGGUGCCGGAGCUGAAGAUUACGGAGGACGAUGCGGCGAGGCUGACGGGUGCGUAUGAGGAGAGCGUCAAGGCGGCGGCGGCGGACAACAAGAGCUUUGUGAAGAGGCCUAGCAUUAACUAUUAUGCUAUGGUGAAUGCUUAA